GUUCUGGAAGGUGGGGGGCGCUCAUCAUUCAUCAUUAAUGGAGAAGUAGCGACAACUUCAGCACCAGACCCCAAAAACGACGGGACGAUCAUCAAACCGAGCCCAUUCAAAACAAAAAGAAGCCAAAAUGGCAGAAACACCACCAACAACCACAUCCCAAUUCUCCCUCCCCCUCCCCCGCUCCCUCGACACCCGCAUCUACGUCCACCUGACGGUGCGGUCCAAGUCCAUCAUGCUCUGCCUGACCACCGCCGCGGCCGACGAGCAGGGCAACCCCUCGCCCAUGGGGUCCUUUGUCUACGCCAUACCCGACCGCUUCAACAAACAGCAACCCCUCACCACCCCCCUCUACACGGUCGAGCCCACGCUCGAGCUGACCAACCGCAUGGCCCGCCUCGUCGCCCGCCGCUCGGGCCUGCCCGUCUGCGUCACAAACUCCAUCAGCUUCGCCGCCGCCGGGCUGGGCGGCACCGCCGACGAGGAGAUGGAGGCCUUCCGCGCCGUCGUCGACGCCGUCGUCGCCCGCCUGCCGCAGCAGCAGCCGCAGCAGCAGCCGGCACCUGCCUGAGGUGUGACUCGUAUGAGAAAAGUCACGAGAGAGGAGUGAUGGUAGCAUACACAGACUAUCAACACCAAGGCGCAUGGGAAACACGAUAGAUGGUUCGCGUAUUACUUUUAAAGCUCUGAUGCAAAAUGCAGCACCCCCUUGCCACCCGGUAAACCCAACCCGAGCAAGCCGCUGCCGUCAUGAACACGCUUUGUCCCUUGUGCAAAAUAUUCCAUUUUCAUUCCAUCUUAUUCCCCUCGUCCAUAUCCGCGUCUCGGAAAUGAUAGACCUUCUGGAUCUGACCUCUGUGAAGAGGGAGUGGGUAUCUUCUCAUAACAGGAAACAAAACAAAUCAGCCAAAAAAAAUACAAACUCGCUCGCUCGUACUACAUGCCCAGAGAUGGUUCCCA